GGGUUAGGUGGAGAGAUCUGACUGGAUGGAAGUGAGUAUGAAGUCGGUUGCCGACGUGGCAUCAUCAUCCAAUCCGAAAAAAAAAAAAAUGAAUCUCCAACCGUCAACUGCCGAUUAACGGGAAAAUGGAAAUCUUCCGUCGCUUUCUCUCUCCUCCUCCCCUUCCACCACCGUGGUCCUCCUCCACUCUCCACCACCCAAGUUGAAGCCGUUUCUCUCUACGAGGGCACCGUAUGACACGAGCGAUGCCGCCCCGUCCGCCAUUCUUUCCGUACUCCUUCCGCUAUGCUCUCUUCGACCUCGAUCACGCUCCUCGCGUGCAAUCCGAUCACCUCUCCGGCAACAAAGCUUGUAGGAUUGCCAAAACCGCCGGCCCAGUGGCUCUAAAGCUAUGGUGGAAAAAUGUGACAUUCAUACAACACUCAAAGUACACUAAUCCAUCAUACAGGGAGGAAGCUUUGAAGCAUGAUAGAAAACUGCAAUGCUGUCCCAGGAAUGGGACAGAACAAAGAGGAAUUCAUGCAGGUUGGAGGAAGUGAUUCAGGAAUUGUGGCUGAGAGAAAUCAUGGGGAGCGAUUGUUUGUAUGGAGAGAUGCUAACUGGCCCUGGUCUUGAAUGCUAUGGGUUAGCUUCUUUUUUUUUUUUCUUCUUUCCUUUAUGUAGGGUGACACUGUUUCUCCUUCACUUUGUUCCCAUUGUUCUUCGUUACAAAGAAUGUUGGGCUUGCAUGCCAAAUAGAAGAAGAAAUAAUGAUCUAUUCAGAGUGUGGUAUCAGAAUGUGAUAUGCUAAUUGUCAUGGAAUUUGUAGGAGGUGGUAAAAUCUUGCUCCUAAAUUGCCUAUGUGAUAUUUGCUAUUGUCAACUCUGUAAUUCGAUUAACUUUGUCUUUCUUUUUGCAAUUUUUCGUAAGGG